AUGAGUUCUGCAUCGGACGGGCGCAAAAACCGCCCCAGAUCGGCCGGGACCAUCUUCCAGAUCGGCAAGCCCCUCUACCGAGACCCCCAGCGGCGGGAGAGCACGGAGAGUAGCCGCCGAGCCCAGCGCUCCGUGGCCGACUGCAGGAUGAUCGUGCAAGAGUUCAACACGCUGGUGGCUCUGUACCGCGAGCUGGUCAUCUCCAUCGGCGAGAUCACUGUCGACUGUCCCAACUUGCGGGCUGACAUGCUGAGGACUCGAACCAAAGGCUGCGAGAUGGCCAGGGCCGCACACCAUAGUCUCACCUUGAUAGCAGGGCCAGAGGACGGCGAGAUUCACCCGGAGAUCUGCAGGCUCUUCAUCCAGUUGCAGUGCUGUCUGGAGAUGUACAUCACCGAGAUGCUCAAGUCCUUCUGCUUGCUGGGAUCCCUGCAGCUCCACAGGAAAGGCAAAGACUCCUGUAGCUUCGUCCCCUCAGUGGACAAGAAGACCGAGGAGAGCUUGGACGUCCCCAUCCUUGAGGACACGUCCUCCUCGCCCACCGACGGCCCUCCGCUCGGCGGGGUGGUGGCCACGGACAUAGAAAACAUUGAAAAGGACAUGAGGGAAAUGAAGAACCUUCUCAGUCAACUCAGGGAGACGAUGCCUUUACCGCUGAAGAACCAAGAUGACAGCAGUUUGCUGAACCUGUCUCCCUACCCACUGGUCCGACAGAGGAAGAGACGCUUCUUUGGCCUCUGUUGCUUGGUAACCAGCUGA